AGGGGCGGGGCGCUGGGAGUGCUCCCGCCCCGGCACCCUCUUCGUUCCGGCCAGGGCAGGGUCUGCGUGUUUCUCUGGGUUAAGGAACGGGCUGAGCUUCCUGAGUUCGCGCGUUUUGACUCCUGCCUUGGAACUCCAGGAAGAAGUUUGGAGGGCGCUUCCCUCGGAACCCCGGGGACGGUCAGCUCUGUUAGCGCUGCCUCGGUGCAGGGGCCGGGGGCGGCGGCGUCAUCUCUCCCGGGUCUGGCCGGGACUGUGUAACUCGCAAGGCCCGCGCAGCUCUUGUAGAGAAAACCCCCAACGACUGAUGGCUGCAGCGCGCUCAAAGGCCAGGGAAGGGACRUAGCCAGAGAUAGCGAAGCUGGCCCGGAUUCAGACCGAUAGUGUAGUUAUGAUGCUCCGUGAGCUAUACCCUGACCUCCACUUUGAGAUUGUGGCCAUGUCAACAACUGGGGACAAGAUCUUGGAUACAGCACUUUCCAAGAUUGGAGAGAAGAGCCUCUUCACCAAAGAAUUGGAAAAUGCACUUGAAAGAAAUGAAGUUGACCUUGUGGUUCACUCCUUGAAGGACCUGCCAACUUCUCUUCCUCCUGGUUUUACCAUUGGUGCUGUCUGCAAAAGGGAAAACCCACUUGAUGCUGUUGUCUUUCAUCCCAAAAACUGUGGAAAAUCACUGAGCCUCCUUCCUGAAAACAGUGUGAUUGGAACCAGUUCGCUUCGGAGGGCGGCUCAGCUCAAGAAGAAGUUCCCUCAUUUAGAAUUCAGAGAUAUUAGAGGAAACUUAAAUACCCGUUUAAAGAAGCUAGAUGAGAAGGAAGACUUCAGUGCCAUCAUCCUGGCUGCUGCUGGGCUGAAGAGAAUGGGCUGGGAAAAUCGCAUCGGCCAGCUUCUAGGCCCUGAAGAUUGUCUGUAUGCUGUUGGACAGGGUGCCUUAGCAGUGGAAGUUCGUGCCAAAGACCAAGAGAUACUGAAUAUGGUAUCUGCCUUGCAUGAUGCAGACACUGUGUUGUGCUGCAUUGCGGAGAGAGCCUUUAUGAAGCGUUUGGAGGGUGGAUGCAGUGUCCCUGUUGCUGUUAGCACCCUGCUGAAGGAUGGCCAGUUGUAUUUGACAGGAGCAGUCUACAGCUUGGAUGGAUCAGACAGCCUGAAGGAGACCAUGCAGACCAGUGUUAGUUAUCCCCAUCAGAAUGAAGAUGGACCGAAUGACGACGUACAGCAUGUUGGCAUCACGGCCAAGAAUGUUCCUGGUCCGGCUCAGGAAGCUGCAGAGAACCUGGGUGUUGAAGUAGCUAGUUUACUUCUGAGCAAGGGAGCAAAGCAGAUCCUUAGCGUGGCAAGGCAGCUCAAUGAUGCUCGCUGAAGCUGGGGUGUGGCCAGCAGGAGUGCUACAACUCCAGCUACAAGUCUCUGCAGCUACGUCAUGAUCCUCUGGAGGGAUUUAUUUCAACAUUCACACCAGUCUUACCUGAUGUUUGGGUGCAAAAAAACCUGAAAUAUUAAGUUAACUAGCUUGAGUAGUUUCUGCUCUUCAGAAUUUUCAUCCCUGUCUACAUUUCUCUAAAUUGUUAAAUGUUUCUUUGAAGUAUUUUCAACAAUUUUUGUAGGUCGGAAGCCAAAAGCAAAAAUUAAAAAUGAAAUAGUGGUCUUUAAGUGUUUAAUUCCAUUUAGGAGCAAAGUGCUCAUUAUAAUUGGAGACUCAACUGUGCUGAGUCUGUUCAAGAGUCGUUAUUUGGGCUUUUUCGCUCACUGGAUCCCUGAAGGCUCCUAUUAGAUUCCUGAUACCAUGUUCCUUCUAGUAAAGUAUCAGAGAUGCUACAUUCACCCUUGGUCUUAGUUAAGGUGGGUUAAGUUUGUGGUUAUCAGGUAGAUGCAGACUUGUAAAUUGGCCACUAUUAAAUUAGGGAGUGGACAGCCUUUUUGGUUUCCCUUUGUAUGUGCAUAAAGGUCAUGAAAGCCUUCAGAAACCCAAACUUCAGUUUCUGUGGCUCCCUCCACUUGCUACUAGGUCACCAUCCUCUCAGCAGGGUCCAUGUUACAGUGCCUUGUAGAAAUACUGAAACAGGGUAUUGGGGUACUGUUUUGUAAAUGAAGCAAUUUUCUAGGCCACCUCCACUAAAUGUAACAGAAGUAAAUGACAGUUCCUUAUGGAGCAGCUUUCGUGUUCAGUGUUUGACUUGCCUUGGGCUGGUUUCUGCCCCCAGCCACAGAGCCCCAUGGCCUGCCAUGCCCUCGUGUCCCCUUCCCACCUCCCUGCUCUUGCGG